GCAGGCUGGCUCGAGGACUUCGACCUCACUUCGCUAUCCUCUGCAGGGGCGGCCUUGGUCGCCACACUGGUUCUCACAGUGCCACAGAGGACACUUGGCACACCAGGAAUUGAGUUCCAAAGACUUUGCAACGUGCGAGACUUUGUGGACACUGCGGUCAGCUUAGGCCGGUCAACUUCGGAAGGAGCUGAGGAAGCACGGCGUCGAGCUCCACAUCGCCUCACUACUCAAUCAGCGGUUGGCCUGAGUGACAGCCAACCUUCUGCCGACACACCGGCUGAGGCCAACGACAUCACCCUGGCACAGGAUAUCGUCGCCGAGGUCUUUGACGCGAUCGCCGAGUCUGACUCUGGGCUUCACCUGUGGACGGACUGCCCUGCCAGCACUGCGCACGAGCUCGAUGCUUGGGAACCUUGGCUGGAGAUGGAGAUGGGCAUGCGAUGGCAUGAGGUGGGCAUAAUCUUGAAGAUUCCUGGGAACAACCGAGAUGAAGAUGCUGUCGAAGAUGAGCAAGAAGCAAAAGAAGCGCCGCCAGCCAAUGCUCAUCAACAUGCUGACCCAGACGAAAGGUUCCAGCACAAAGCUGCGAAGGAACUAUUUCACAGCAGCAUCUACCAGGUGCACUGGAAAGAGGACAGCGACCGUGACAAGGUGGUGAGUUCGGUCCUGACGGCGGUGCAUAAGAUGGGCCACCCAGAUCGCUGCCCUGCACGGAGGAUGCACCUGCGAGGAUGCACCUGCGGACUCUCGAAAUUGGCCACCACCUCAAGCCUUUGCACCUCCAAGAAGGCAAUGCCCUUCGGAAAAGGAGCGCUGCGCGGCGCUGCACAGGCCAAGGCAAAAGCCAACCCUGGCCCUUCAGAUGACCAGCAGCCAAAGGCUAAAGCAGCUGCCAAGCGGGCAGCCAGGUUUUGGCCCCGAUACGGCCCCGAUACGGUCCGAUACGGCCCCGAUACG